CAGUAAUAUCGUACGGUACACUGAAGCCGCCAGAAGUCGCUCUCACCGCAGCAUUCAACCAUGCCAUCCGCAAUUCCGCACCUAAAAGAUGCUUCUUUGCUCGUAGGCAAUAACUACAUCAACGGGCAGUGGAUUGCUUCUGUGUCCAGCAAGACUUUCGACGUCUAUGAUCCCUCGAGUGGCGCUCGCAUAGGUUCCUGUCCUGAAUCUGUUCCUGAAGAUGCUCAGCAGGCCAUCAAUGCCGCGGCCGCCGCUCUCCCGAGCUGGCGAGCACAGACAGGAAGGCAGCGCGGCAGGAUUCUAAGACGCUGGUACGAGUUGGUCCUGGAAAACAAGGACGAUCUCGCAACGCUGAUCACCUGGGAGAACGGCAAGUCUCGGGCGGAUGCAGCCGGUGAGGUUCUAUUUGCUGCGAGUUUUCUUGAAUGGUUCGCGGAGGAAGCCCCCAGAAUCUAUGGCGAUGUCAUCUCACACAGCAAUCCGGAUUUCCGGGUCAGUACCCUCAAGGAGCCGAUCGGGGUUUGUGGUCUUAUCACGCCUUGGAACUUCCCAGCCGCCAUGGUCACCCGCAAGCUCGGCCCGGCCCUGGCUGCUGGCUGCACCUCGGUAGUCAAGACAGCCGGCGAAACGCCGUUCACAGCGAACGCUCUCUUUAUUCUUGGGGAGCGAGCGGGCAUCCCCAGAGGCGUCGUCAACUCGGUGACCGCCCUUGAGAACACACCGGCCAUCGGACAGGUAUUGUGUGCAUCAGAUGUGGUCCGAAAGAUUUCCUUCACGGGUUCCACUCGAGUCGGCAAGAUCCUCAUGGGGCAAUCCAGCGAUACCCUCAAGAAGCUCAGCCUCGAACUCGGUGGCAACGCGCCCUUUAUUGUUUUCGACGAUGCCGAUCUUGACGUUGCUGUCGAGGCUGCCGUGACGAGCAAGUUCAAAUCAUCGGGUCAGACCUGCGUCUGCUCCAAUCGCAUCUAUGUGCAAAAGGGGGUCUACGCAGACUUCAUGCUCAGAUUCAAGGAGGCUGUAGCCCGCUUCAGAGUCGGGUCAGGCUUCGACGCGGCCACAACACAUGGCCCUCUCAUCUCCGCAGCUGCUGUCGAUCGGCUGGACGAGCUAGUCAAGGACGCAACAUUGUCGGGUGCAAAGGUCGAGACUGGCGGCUUCCCGCUCAAGGAUUUGGGACCUCACUUCUUCGCGCCGACCAUCUUAAGCAACGUGACAGCCGAUAUGCGCCUUGUCAAAGAAGAGAUAUUUGGCCCUCUAGCCCCAGUAUUUAGUUUUGAGGACGAAGAGACGGUGAUCGAAAUCGCCAACAAGUGCGACGUUGGCCUAGCGUCGUACAUCUUCACACGGGACUUGAACCGAGCGACCCGAAUCACAGAGCAGCUCCAGUUUGGUAUGGUUGCUAUCAACAGUGGUGUAGUGUCUGAUGCAGCGGCCCCCUUCGGAGGUGUAAAGCAUUCCGGAAUGGGCCGUGAGGGCAGUAAGUACGGGAUUGAGGAUUAUUUGCAGGUUAAAACGGUAGUCCUCGGAAAUGUGAAUAUCGGACGUCGUGCUUUGCUAUAA